ACCACCGGGUGUUGAUGUCAGUGUCACGAAACGAAAGUUGAUAAUUGCGGUAGUUGACGCAUUACUAAUUCUGUCCAGUAGCAGUUUAUUAUUUGUUUUGUUUCGAUUUACAGUCAUUGACUCGGGAACCAGUACUGUAGUAAGUUUUAUUGUAGUAAGAGAUAUUUAGCAGCGCGAGCUACCGGCAUGUAACGUUAGAUAUUUAAACCCUGGUGCCUAUUCUGAUGUUGUGGUGUCAGAAUACUGUUGGCUGUCUUGCCAAUUUUUAAUCAUUCUUUUAUACUCGUGGACCGAAAAUAAGGACUAAACUGCUAAGUGGAUACUUUACAUCCCUACCGAAACUGCUGCUUCAAGAAGUCGUGUGAAGGCUUUACAUUAAUAAGGCCAUGGCAGAAGAAAACACCCAGUUCUGCAGUAAUUGCAAACAUGACAUUCCAGAAUCCAACUUUACAACACACGAGAUUCACUGUCGGAGGAACAUUGCUCUGUGUGAUGUGUGCCAGGAGCCUUUACCUCGGGCUGAACUUGUUCAGCACAAAGAGCGGGAUCAUGCAGAGGAACAAUGCAAAUGUGGAAUGAAGAUAGAGAAGAGAUUCAUGGACACCCACCAGAGGUCUGAUUGCAGUCACCGAAUGGUCCCGUGUCAGUUCUGCGAUCUGGAGCUGGCAUUUUGCCAGUCUAAAGAGCACGAGGACUACUGUGGGACCCGCACCGAGCCCUGCCCAGUCUGCAAGUUUAAUGUUAUGUUGAGGGAGCGAGACAUUCAUCCAGCCCUGUGCGGUAGCUUGACCCCACCUCAGGAGAGGAACAGCAUUAGGUCAGGGUCCCAGUCUCCUGGAGCAUGGUUUGAGACACACUCCAUCCAUAACCUGUUGAGGGCCCAGGAGAGGACCCACAAUAAUAACAACACCGGGGCAGCAGACCGCAGGGGUCCACCAAGACCCUUGGAGGACAGACUGCACAAUAGCACCAGAGGAACAGUGUGGGGAGGAACCCGGAGGAAUGCAGAAACGAGGAGCAAUGCCUUUGCUUACUAUAAAAAGAACCCUGUCGCUCUGCUCAUUUCCUCAGUGCUGGAUCAGGAAGCAGAGAUGGGGAGCAACAACAACAGCCUGCUGUGGUCUCUCGGCCAGCUGCCAGGCUAUGACUCUUCCAGUCUAGACUACAUGCUGGCCCUCAGCCUGCAAAGUGAAGGUGACUUGGAGGACCCUGGGGCUCAGGAGGGUGUGUGGACUGAUGUGUGGGACCAUCGUCUUGGAAGGACACCAGCCCACAGCAAUCUCGCUUCCCAGCUCUCUUCCAGCGCUAACAACAACAGCACUGCAGCUCCCCCUAAAACCAAUACAACCUCAGGCCAUAGCACUUCCUCAAACAUCAUGCUGCCUUGCGAGUUCUGUGAAGUGCUCUUUCCAGAAGAAGACCUUAUCUUACAUCAGACCGGGUGUAGCCCUGCCUCUGCUAUCGCUUCCUUCAGUAAACAGCUUCCCUCUCUUCACUAUGAAGACAUCAUCACUCAAGACGCUGGUCAAGUCAUUCCUCCCCGCACGCCUAGUCCGCCCACCCUGCCACUUUCUGUUUCGCCACUCCUAUACAGUUCUUCCCCCAGCCCUGAUGAGGGCGACGUGCUCAUUCCUUGUGAGUUUUGUGGUGUUGCCUUGGAAGAGAAUGUGCUGUUUCACCAUCAGGAUAAAUGUGACCUCCGGCCUCACAUGGCUUAUUUAGUAGAUGGAGCGUCUCCACGUAAACCACACCACAAAGAGGCUCCUGAGAGAAGAUCUCCUGAGAGGCAAAGGAGGGUGAGACAUCAAGCUGACCCAGGUGAAGAGCUUUCUCAACAGACAGCUCAGGGGUGGCAGAGAGGCACCUCAGCUUUUGACCAAUGGAAGCCCUCUGCUUAUGAUUACACUAAGAACACUAAUGCUGAGCAGCAGGUGAAAAGCAGGAUCCAAAGGCGCAAAGUUGAUGAGGCUAUUACCUUUCUAAACGAUAGCCCCAGGUCCCAUACUGCAGGCACUUCUGGACCUACACAGAGAGGAAGACUGGAAGGUCGAAUGAGUGAGAAAAACACAGAGACACCAAAGGUGCCUAAAAACCAUAAUAUCGAAAAAGAGGAGGAAUAGAGCAGAUCAACCAAAUUUCUGAACCUUGGUCACUGAAAUCUCUUUACUAUUGUUUAAAGUGUAUAUGUCUUUGGCCUGAAAAUAUAUUUGUGUAAUUGCACUAGUCUUUCUCUUUUUUUUCUAGUGUUUGUAUGUCAUUUCAAAUGUUUAUGAUUUAGGCUUUUUAAUAUUCAAUCGUUUAAAGUAAUACUUUGAGAAACUGUUUUAUAUGUUGUUGAAAAUAUGGUUGUAUAAAAAUAACAAAUGUGAUUUUUUUUUACAGUGCAGUUACAAAAAAAUCUCAUAAGUGAUAAGAUUUAUACAUUUUGUUGUAUUGUAAAGCUUUGCUAUAGCAUAUACACUCACCUAAAGGAUUAUUAGGAACACCAUACUAAUACUGUGUUUGACCCCCUUUCGCCUUCAGAACUGCCUUUUCUACGUGGCAUUGAUUCAACAAGGUGCUGAAAGCAUUCUUUAGAAAUGUUGGCCCAUAUUGAUGGGAUAGCAUCUUGCAGUUGAUGGAGAUUUGUGGGAUGCACAAAGCUCCUGUUCCACCAUAUCCCAAAGAUGCUCUAUCGGGUUGAGAUCUGGUGACUGUGGGGGCCAGUUUAGUAAUGUGAACUCAUCGUCAAGUUCAAGAUACCAAUUUGAAAUGAUUCGAGCUUUGUGACAUGGUGCAUUAUCCUGCUGGAAGUAGCCAUCGGAGAAUGGGUCCAUGGUGGUCAUAAAGGGAUGGACAUGGUCAGAAACAAUGCUCAGGUAGGCCGUGGCAUUUAAACGAUGCCCAAUUGGCACUAAGGGGCCUAAAGUGUGCCAAGAAAACAUCCCCCACACCAUUACACCACCACCAUAAUUGCAUUAAUGAGAAAUUGAACAGGUGUUCCUAAUAAUCCUUUAGGUGAGUGUACUGUUCGAUAGUCUAUUCAAUUGGCAUUGUUGGUAUUUUGAGAUUUGAUUUAAUGAUACAUCCACUACAUUUCAUUUGGUCACCUGUCACUUUUCAAUAAAAGGAGGGAUAACUAUCCCAAUGAUUUGCCUUCUAUUAA